AUGUCAACUGAAACCCCCGAGGCCUCGUCUGUCGGCGGCUCGCUGGCCGAUCGUGUGACCAAGCCCGAUGACACCAACCCCGCCGAUGCCACCCCAGUGAACAAUGGAGAUGGAGCUUCCGGUCCUGCACAGGGCUCGGUGGACCUCGAAGAGCCGGAUUAUACCGUUGAGGUGAAGCUCAGUGACUUGCAGGCGGACCCCAACAACCCUCUGUUCUCAAUUAAAACCUUCGAGGAUCUUGGCUUGGACGCGCGCAUUCUGAAGGGCCUCUCCACUAUGAAUUUCCGAAAGCCUUCAAAGGUCCAAGAGCGUGCCCUGCCCCUCUUGAUGAGCAACCCACCCAAGAACCUGGUUGGUCAGUCGCAAUCUGGAACCGGAAAGACUGCUGCUUUCGUUCUCAAUGUCCUGAGCCGUCUCGAUCUUUCGGAUCAAAUGCGCAUCAUGCCGCAAGCUCUCAUCCUCGCCCCGACUCGCGAAUUGGCUCGUCAGAUUGUCGGUGUUGUUCAAAUUAUGGGACAAUUCCUGGAUGGCCUUACCAUUGGCACCGCUGUUCCCGCCGACUCUAACGCUCGCCCCUCCAAGAUGGAAGCGGCAGUUGUUGUGGGUACACCAGGCACCGUUCAAGAUAUGAUCAAGAAGCGCAUUAUGAAUCCUACCGCCUUGAAGGUUCUUGUGUUGGAUGAGGCGGACAACAUGCUUGACCAGCAAGGUUUGGGAGACCAGUGUAUCCGCGCUAAGGCAAUGAUCCCCCGCGAUGUCCAGAUUGUUCUGUUCUCCGCCACUUUCCCCGCACACGUGUAUCGCUACGCAGGCAAAUUCGCUCCCGGUGCCAACGAAAUCACUCUUCAACACGAGGAACUGACAGUUGAGGGCAUUAAGCAGCUCUACAUGGAUUGCGCUAGCGAGGAGGAAAAAUAUCAGAACCUUGUUCAGCUUUACGGGUUGCUCACCGUCGGAUCUUCCAUCAUCUUCGUCCGGACCCGUCAUUCUGCCGCCGAAAUCGAGCGUCGCAUGGUCGCCGAAGGUCACACCGUCGCCUCCCUGACCGGUGGUGUGGAGGGUUCCCAGCGUGAUGCUAUCAUUGAUUCCUUCCGUAGUGGUGAUGCUAAGGUCCUCAUCACGACCAACGUUCUGGCUCGUGGAAUUGAUGUUUCCACUGUCUCUCUGGUAGUCAACUACGAUAUUCCCGAGGAGUACUCCUCCGGUCACCGCACACACACCCCCGACUUCCAGACCUACCUUCACCGUAUUGGUCGUACUGGUCGCUUUGGCCGUAUCGGAGUGGCCAUCUCCUUCGUUUCAAACCGCGACGAAUGGGAGAUGCUGCGCAAGAUUCAAGCGCACUUCAAUUGUACCAUCGACCGGAUUGACACCAGCGACUGGGAUGAGGUGGAGGAAAUCAUCAAAAAGACGAUCAAAAACACUCGCGCCCAAGCCGGAUUCAACCAGUGA